CUUGAAUAAAUCGAACUAUUUCAAGUUAUAACCCUGCAUGAACAAGCUGAGAUGCAUAUUAGACUAUUUGGGAAAAAUAUUUUCUAAGAUUGAAGCCAAAAUUGAAUCGUGAGUUUCACGAACCUUAAGUAUUUACUGCAGUACUGAGAAAGCUCUGUACCAGCUAGGAUGCGCACAAGCGUUUUGUGGCAGGAUAAUGUAAGAGACACUGAGAGCAACGAACAGCCUAAAUGAUGGUCGCUAAUUAUUGACCAUGUGGACCAUGCACAUGUGUACAUCAUGCACACCUAGCGUAAGAGCUCUGUUUAAGAAUUUUUGAUUACGGAGUCGUAAAUAUCCAUGAUCGUUACAUGAUCUAUUUUUUUGUGGUGAAACGGGUCAUAGUCGUUGAUGCGCUGUUAUGCAUGACAUAGUAGGAACAUUGUUUGAAUAAUUCAAUUAUUAUGGGGAAAGAAGGCAAUGGUAUGUAAUAUUGAUGAGAUCGUAUGUUACACGGACUAUUGCUGCCUUGAGAAAUGCCUUUUCCAGGUGAUCUAUGAUGUAUGUUUUGAGCCUGACGGAGCUAAGCUCCUUGUCGCAGCGGGCAGCAAGAUUCUGGUCUACAAUACCGAUUCUGGGCAACUCAUCGAUGCACUUAAAGGCCAUAAAGAUCUCGUCUACUGUCUGUCAUAUGCCUCGGAUGGUCAACGAUUUGCGUCUGGCGGCGCUGACAAGAUGGUAAUUAUCUGGACCCCCCAACUAGAAGGGAUACUCAAGUAUUCCCAUACAGAUUCGCUGCAAUGUCUUUCCUACAAUCCGAUCACUCACCAACUGCUGAGCUGUGCUACCGGCGAUUUUGGUAUCUGGAGCUGGGAACAAAAAUCUGUGACGAAACACAGAGUGACAGCGCGUAUCACAAGCUGCUGUUGGAAGCAAGACGGGUCAUGCUUUGCCCUUGGUAUGGCGAACGGAGUAGUGUCUGUUCGAAACAGAGUUGGAGACGAAACCUUAAAGAUCGAGAGACCUAGCGAAGUAUGGGGAGUUGCGUUUUGCCCACCCGCUGAUGACGAAUUCGACCUCGCAGUAGCUGACUGGAGUCAAACUCUCUCAUUUUAUACACUUAAUGGCCGAUUGGUAACAAAAGAACGUCCUCUAGGCUUCGACACGUUAUUUAUGAAAUAUUUCGGCAACAACUAUCUUGUUCUUGGUGGUUCGAACAAUGCGUUAACAAUACUUAGUCGCGAAGGAGUUCAUCUUGGUGGACCUCUCUGUGACCAAAAAGGCUGGCUGUGGUGCUGCGACAUAAUACCCAAUAAAGAUACUCAUAAUAUAGCCAUCGGAUGCAAUGAUGGCACAAUUUCGCUCGUCCAGCUUGGUCUAGCUACCGUUCACAGCCUUUAUCGAGAGCGGUACGCAUUUCGUGAAAAUAUGACACACGUGGUCAUACAACAUAUGGUGACUGGUGAAAAAGUACGCAUUAAAUGUCGUGACGUCGUGCGUAAACUUGCAAUCUACAAGGAUAACCUCGCGGUGCAGUUGGCCGAGCGCAUUAUGAUCUAUGAACAGGCCGAGGCGAUGCACUAUAAAGUCAAGAAGAAACUCAACAUGAAAGUUGAGUGCAGUCUUUUAGUGAUUUGCUCGGAAAACCUUGUACUUUGCCAAGAACGAAUGUUACAGUCUCUCAGACUUGAUGGUAACGUAGAUCGUCAGUGGACAAUGUCUGCGCCGAUCCGGUACAUCAAAAACAUUGGGGGCGCGCCGGGACGGGAAGGUCUUCUUAUUGGAUGUAAAGAUGGAAGUGUCUCACUUGUUUAUCUUAAUAAUUCGGUAGCUUUGGAAAUGCUAAAGAGUCAGAGCUCCGGUGUGAGGUGUUUAGACUGCUCUGCAUAUCGUAACAAAAUCGCAGUUGUCGACGAUGCCGGUGUGUUAAAAGUCUACAACAGGCGAGAAACUGACAGAAAGGUUUUGUUCGAGGUAAAAGACUCUGCGGCAAGCGUCGCCUGUAGUACGCAACUGGAAGAUUUGUGCGCCUUUUCAGGCAACCAGAAUCUAUGCGUUCGGCUAUGCAAUGAGAACUCUGCUUCAAACCUUACGUUUGAGGGUUUUGUGGUCGGUCUAAGUGGAAACAAUGCAUUUUGCCUUCAGUACAAUACUAUGAUUACGUUUCGUUUGGCGUUGGGUGUUGCGAUCAACUCUGCAUUAGCUAGAGGUGCUGAGAACGCUUACGAGAUUUGCUGCUUAGGCGCCUCGAAGUAUGACUGGACGAAAUUACUAAAUAGCGCGUGUGCUUCGUACGACCUCUCUGUAAUUCGAAAAGUCGCCCAGCGUAUGAAGAGCUACUCAACUUGCCUUAUUGCUAAGGCAGCUGAAAACGAAACCGAUUCACAGAUGCAGAAGUUCAUAAUUCUGACACGCCUCUUGAAACAGUACACGGAGGCGGCUAAAUUGGAGGGCUCCUCGCAAUUGCAGGAUUCAAUAAAUACGCUGGCUUCUGAUCUCAACAUUCUAGACCGCUCCAGAAUAGCGAAAAAUAAGGGUGCCAUCCUUCGCCGGGCUCAAUGGGCACAAAAAAUGAACGACAACAAAACCGCAAUUGAGCUGUUUUUGGCAGCGGAUGAUGUUCUAAGCGCGAUUCGGAUUCUUGCACAAACAGGACAACAGGACCUUAUUUGGGACAAUUUGAAGAAGCUUGAUCCGCAGAAAGACCGCGAACAGUUGCUCCUCUGUGCGCAGUACCUAAAGAGCGUUGGCCAGGCUGAACUUUGCGUUCGUAUUUUUGAACAGAUGAAUGAUGAAGCUCUACUUCUUCAGGUCUACUGCGACACGGCCGUGUGGGAUAAAGCGAUUGAAAUUGCGUCCCGAAGAGGAACGUCAGUUGAGAAAGAUGUCUACUUCCAACAAGCGAGUUGGUUAGCCGAAAACGAUCAGUUUAUCGAAGCACAACUCGCCUUCCAGAAAUCCGGGCGACGAAAGGAUGCGUUGCGCGUCCUGGAACAGCUACUAGAAAAUGCGAUCGAUGAGGAACGUUUUAAUGACGUAAGCUGGUACUAUCUACAAAUGGCCCAACAUCACGCCUCAAAUGAACAAGGCGAUGAUGUAAAGUACACCAGUUUACUGAAGUUGGCGACCAUCUAUUAUGCGUACAAUUAUAUUUAUCGAUAUAUUGUCGAUCCAUUUACAGUACAUUCGGCGCAUACGUUGUUCUGUAUUGCGCGUUACCUCCUCAAUGAGGAAGCAGCUGUUAGCCAAGCUGCCGCCAUAUCCCGAAGUAGUAUUCUUAUCGCACUGGCAAAACAGUGCAGCAUUAUGGGCGCGUUCAAAGUCGCUCGUUCGGUGUACAACAAACUGCAACACCUGCUCUUCCCACGUAACCAACAGCUUCGAGAAUCCGUUGCCAUCCAUUCGAUAAUCAGUAGGUCAAAGCCGUUUGUUGAUGCAGAAGAUACUGAGCUGCCGUGCUAUGCGUGUACAAGCAUGAAUCCUGCUCUGACUAAGAACAACAGGUGUACGUCUUGCGGCCAUGCGUUUGUCUAUUCACUAAUCAGUUUCGAGGUCCUUCCCGUCAUUCCGCUGGUCAAUGAGUUGUUAAGUGAAGAAGAGUUUUCAGAGGCGCUUGGCGCAGGAAAGCUUUACCGCGACGCGGAAUACCGCGUGGUACGCUCCGGUGGUCAACCGUUAAAUCCUCGAGCUGUCCUCACCGUAUCAAAGCGACCACCAUUUUUGCCUCAGUACUUUCUUAACGUGAUGCCGGACAUCCCAGUGAGUUAUUGUCGGGGUUGUUACCAGCUAUUUUCAAGUGAUGAUUUCGAAAUAAGCACUCUGCAGUACGGUCAUUGUCCGUUCUGCAGAACGUCUGCCGAUGAAUUACACAACAACUCCAUGACCUAGAGGGAGCUUAAACUUUUUUCUUUUUG